AACUGCUAAACGCUGUAACCGUCGCUGUGGGAUACUGGUUGGCCAAUUAUUACUCAGAAUGGCGUCUGGCUGGCUCACAUGGUGAAACCACUGUGCUAUCUAGCUAACAGUAACGUUAUACUGUAGCAAUGUGCCAACACGAUUUUUAUUCGUUCGCUAUAGAGGUCCUCCAAGCAUAUUUUUGAGAAGCUACGAAGAGGGUUCCCCACCUUACAUCUUACUUGCAAAGGGAAAGCCAUAAGAAACCAUGAAAGUGCAGAAAUCUCUCCCCAAAACCAAGCAGACGUCCAAGAGGCAACAAUGUAAUGACAAGUGGUUCAAGUCCAACAGAAUUGCCAAAAACUCAGACUCUUCAAACCUCAGCCCAAGCACAGCCAUGGCCAAGCUAGAGCACCGCGCAUCUAACCUUAGAAAGGACAAGCCUAACCUGAAGAGACUGAAGAAGGGCGCCAUGGCUGUGUCCUUCAGACCGGUCAAGACUCCGGCUGCCACGGAGAGGACCCCCUCUCGUCCCCUGACCAACGGGGGAGCAGGUGGACCAGAGCAGGGCAGUGACUCAGACGAGUCCCAGGACUGGAGCUCCUUUGCCAAGUCUGUUUUACAUCAAAAUGGUGGUGGAGAGAGUAUGGAGGGCCAGGAGAGUUGUGUCUCAGCCAAAGCUGCGCCUGGCAGGAUAGAGGAGGAGGCUUUUGUUCACUGUGCAGAGCGAGACUACAUCCAUAAUCGCACAGUGCUGGUCAUGCAACAGGGUCAGACCCUGUGUUUUAGGGGGAAGUGCCUUCUGUCAUGUCUGUACGGUCGGGUGGAGGUGCAUGGUUUCACCCUUGAGGAGGGUCAGCAGUCCUACCCACUUUUUUCCCCUUCCUCACAUUGCCCCCUCACCGUCACAGCACUGGGGGAUUCCCCUAACCCCAGCAAGACAAAGAAAGCGGGCCGUCUAGAGGCCAAAGCCAUUGUCCGCAAGUACCUCUCUACAGAGACACGUAGAAGGUUGUUGAGUGAAGUAGAUUCAGACUCCUGUGUGAUCCUGCUGGAGCCCCUGGACACCCCUCUGACGCGGUUCCUCACCAGUUUCCCAGACCUUAAAGAGGUGUUUGGACUCAGUUCGAGGGACAUCCGAGAGAGUUCAGCUAUGCUGGACACUCCGCUCUCUGGCCUUGGCAUAACCCCACUGCGGAAAACAGCCAGAGGCAUGGUUAUGUCACAGACCUACAGGGAGGCUCUCAACGGCCUGGUUAACGCCUGUGCAGAGGAGCUAGAUGGCUGUCCAGUUAUUCUUGUAUGUGGUGCUAAGAAUGUUGGAAAGUCCACCUUCAACCGUCACCUCAUCAAUACCUUACUUAACCACACUGCAAGUGUAGAAUACCUGGAGUGUGACCUGGGCCAGACAGAGUUCACUCCCUCAGGUUGUCUCUCCCUGUCUACUGUCAGAGAGCCACUGCUGGGUCCCCCCUUUACACACCAGUGGGCCCCAGAGCACAUGAUCUUCUAUGGCCAGUCGUCCUGUGAAACGGACCUGGACCGCUAUCUGGAGUCCCUCAAGUCCCUGUGGCGCUUGUACAACCGAGAGACGCCCAUCGUCAUCAACACCAUGGGCUGGGUCAAAGGUUUUGGCUUUCAGUUGUUGGUGGACAUCAUUCGCCUCUUCUCCAUUUCUCACGUGGUGCAGCUCAGUAGUGGGGAUAAAGUCAUGUGCCCCCAACUCACCCCUGAGUUCCUGAGGUCAUCCCACGGCUGGCAGACACACCCUCCUGUCCAGUCAGCUUUGGGGGAGGACAACUCUGGAACUCAUCCUGCCCAGCGGAGUUACACUCUAUUCCGUAUUCACUCAGAGUUUGAAGGAGCAGGCCGCCCGGGAGAAAUGAGACACCAGCGCAGCAACGAGCAGCGUGACCUGGCUCUGCUGGGCUACUUCAGCCAGCUGCAGUCCCCUGAACCAGGCCCUGUCAGACCCCUACACUGCUUCACCCCCUACCAGGUUCCCCAUUCGGCAGUGGCUGUGGGUGUGACACACUGCGAGGUGGCACCAACUCAUGUGCUCUACACUGCCAAUGCCAGUCUGGUGGGGCUGUGCUGUCUGAAUGAGAAGGUAUCAGGCAGGGGAAGCCCAGUACUGCUCUCCCAAACCCCUGUCUGUCCCUGUGUGGGCUUUGGUGUCCUUCGAGGUGUGGACAUGGCACGGGGCCUGUACUUCCUUGUUACACCUGUAGCUCCCUCUAUCCUCCGUCAGGUCAACUGUCUUCUGCUGGGGGCUGUCACACUGCCCAACACCCUCCUCACAGGCCAGACAGGAAUUCUGGGAGAUCCUCCCUACGUCACAAUGGACUACAGCUUUGAGCUAACCGGGGCCGGCAAGCUUCACGUCUUCAAGGGGCUUGUAAGACCUGGCCAGAUGAAAAAUGCAAAGUGAUUGUUUUUGUUUUUAUGGUUUCACAGCAAGAAAUCAGUUUUUUUUUUUCUCCCCCGCCUUGUUUAUUGACUUUAAACACCAAGGCCAGAGUUAAGGUCGUUGAAUGUACAGACGUGAAGGUUCAGGAGAGGGUGUACCGUAGAGUUGGUGUGAGUGACUCGAGGGCGUACUCGCACUCCAGAUCAGUGCUGAAGACGGCCCAGGCUGUGGAGGUCAACUCCCUCUUGUUGGCGUCAAUUGGGUUUACCUUGGUCUACAAUCAUUUUAUUUGGGGGGGGUUGGGGUUGCUGUAUUAAAUAGUUUAGGAUGUUUGAACGUGUUUCUAUCACAUGGACAAUAUCUAGACAUGCAGUUAAACCUCUGUCUGCAUCUGAAAUGGCACCGUAUUCCAUGGUGCACUGGUCAAAAGUAGUGCACUAUAUUAGGAAGAGGGUGCCAUUUGGGACACAUACUGGGUUUGAUGUCUAUUCCUCAUGAGUCACAUUCCAAAGCCAAGAUUGUACACAUUAUCAAAUGUAAACAAAUUGAUAUACUUUUUGUUGUUGAAAAUGUGAGCUUUUCUUGUCACUGUCAGGACUUUCUAAAUCUGUUGACCUUUGGUCUUUUUAAGUGGCCCAUCAUGACAUGUCCCUAGCAGAUGUGAUAUCAUGGUUAAAUGUUCAAAGUUCCAUGUCAUAAUAUACAGUACCAGUCAAAGGUUUGGACAUACCUACUCAUUCAAGGGUUUAUCUUUGUUUACUAUUUUCUACAUUGUAAAAUAAUAGUGAAGACAAACUAUGAAAUGACACACAUAACCAAAAAAAGUGUUAAAACAAAUCAAAAUGUAAGUAGCCACCCUUUGCCUUGAUGACAGCUUUGUGCACUCUUGGCAUUCUCUCAACCAGCUUUGCCUGAAAUGCUUUUCCAACAGUUUUGAAGGAGUUCCGACAUAUGCUGAUAUGGCUGCUUAUCCUUCCCUCUGCGGUCCAACUCAUCCCAAACCAUCUCAAUUGGGUUGAAGUCGGGUGAUUGUGGAGGUCAAGUCAUCUGAUGCAGCAUUCCAUCACUCUCCUUGGUCAAAUAGCCCUUACACAGCCUGGAGGUGUGUUGGGGUCAUUGUCCUGUUGAAAUACAAAUGAUAGUCCCACUAAGAGCAAACCAGAUGAGAUGGCGUAUCACUGCAGAAUGCUGCGGUAGCCAUGCUGGUUAAGUGUGCAUUGAAUUCUAAAUAAAUCACUGACAGUGUCACCAGCAAAGCACCAUCACACCACCACCUCCAUGCGUCACGGUGGGAGCCACACAUGCAGAGAUCAUUGUCUUGCUCACCUGCUCUGCGUCUCACAAGGACAUGGCAGCUGGAACCAAAAAUCUCAAAUUUGGACUCAUCAGACUAAAGGGCAGAUUUCCACCAGUCUAAUGUCCAUUGUUUGUGUUUCUUGGCCCAAACAAGUCUCUUCUUAUUAUUGGUGUUCUUUAGUAGUGGUUUCUUUCCAGCAAUUUGACCAUGAAUAGUGGAUGUUGAGAUGUCUGUUACUUGAACUCCGUAAAGCAUUUAUUUGGCUGCAAUCUGAGGUGCAGUUAGCUGCUGAUUUCUGAGGCUGGUAACCCUAAUGAACUUAUCCUCUGCGGCAGAGGUAACUCUGGGUCUUCCUUUCCUGUGGUGGUCCUCGUGAGAGCCAGUUUCAUCAUAGUGCUUGAUGGUUUUUGCGACAGUACUUAAAGAAACUUUUGAACUUCUUGAAGUUUUGGGAAUUGACUGACCUCCAUGUCUAAUUAAUGAUGGACUGGUCUUUGCUUUGAGCUGUUCUUGUAAUAAUAUGAACUUGGUAUUUUACCAUAUAGGGCUAUCUUCUGUAUACCAUCCCUAACUUGUCACAACACAACUGAUUGUCUCACAUGCAUUAACUUUUAACAAGGCACACCUGUUAAUUGAAAUUCAUUCCAGGUGACUACCUCAUGAAGCUGGUUGAGAGAAUGCCAAGAUUGUGAUAAAGUUGUCAUCGAGGCAAAGGGUGGCUACUUUGAAGAAUCUCACGUAGAACACUUUUUUUCAGUUACUACAUGAUUCCAUGUGUGUUAUUUCAUAGUUUUAAUGUCUUCAAUAUUUUUCCACACUGUGGAAUGUACAUUGUCUUGAAAAGAGGUUGGGCCAUGUUACAGCUUAAGAUUCACUCUACAAGUGAUAUUCAUGAAAAGCCUGGAUGGAGUAGGACAUGAAAGCGCUUGCAGGGGUCUUCUCUGACAAUGAAACCCAUUAAAACAAAAGAAAACAUAAUGUCACUUGCUCAACAAUCCAUCUAUAGAGCUAUUGGAUAACACCUGUCAAAAAUAUUCCAGAGCAACAACAAAAAAAGGAGAAACCUGUACACACAUUGUACCUGAAUAGUAGUUCACUACGAAUUGUUACAGUUUUCCGUCCAUGUUUUACAUUUUUAUAUUUUUAUUACCAUAGUAAUGGAUGUAAAUGCUUCAAGUAACAUCUCUGUUGCAUUUCUGAGAGUACUGGAUUACUGAACAUUGAUUGGCCUAUUUAUUCAUCUGCCCUUGGGACAAAAUAUUAACUAUGGCAUUGAUGGUGCGAUAUGAGAACUACAGGCAAGAACUGUUACCGGUCCUCUAUUUUUUCACCAAUUUGUUUCUCUCUUUCUCUUUUAUCCCUCCUGUUCCAUCAGGAGUUUUGUUUGACCGAAGUUGGUAAUAGUAGGCCUAAGUAAAACUUCCUUUAAGUUCUUUGUUACUUGGGUGUGUAGGAUGUUUUUGUGUCCUGAAAAGGACAGUGAUUUACAGGUUCAUGUUUUUUUUUUUUUACUUUUUUUUUUUGGGGGGGGGGGGGGUUACAUUCUCAUACAUUUGUACCAGAGUGGAUCAUACAGUAAAAGGGGAUAAGAAGUCACACAAGUAUUACGAGGUGUUGUCUUUGUGUCCUGAAGAGGGAAGUGUUGUUCAGGUUUAUUUUUCUAAUGUAUCAACCUUAAACCCACAGUCCUAGUAGAUUUUAUGGGAAGCCACACGAGAGUUUUAUGAGUGUAUAUGGACACAGUUUAGGAGCCUAAUGACAAACACACACAGAUUGAGUGAACCCAAUCAUUUCAAGUGAUUAGACAGGUGGGAUUCUAAAUUAGUCUCCCACCCCCUACACUAAUGCAAGCAUGUCUCUUUACAAGGAAGGCUCUUGUCUGAUAUGGUUUUGUGGUCAUUGAUUGUUUUGACUUGGAAGAGAGAACAAGGACUCAUUGUGAGCAUACUCUACAUUCACAUACAACUGUGGAGACUUGCUAAUUUGUUGUGGGCCAUUUAUAUAAUCUCCCUAUUUCCCAGCUUGCUUUGUUUACCAUUUCCCUCCCCUUUGUUGGGGAGGGGAGCAUACAAACAACUGGAGCUGCAUUGUGGUCACGUAAUUCUUUUAGCUUUGUCAGGGCAGACAUCUUUCCUGAGAGUACCCAUGCAACCCAAUGAGAAAUCUCCCAAAUUGGAGGUCCCACUCAAGACAGUCCAAAUAGAGCCUAAAGCCCUGGAAUAAACACAUAGGAUUUAUCUGAUGAAAUCCCCUGCUCACACUGUAGUAGACUAAACCAUUGGGCCAUUUUUCAUGAUUCAUGCACAAUGGAGAUUGGUGUUAAUGUAGAAAUAGAGGAAUGCAUUUACUAUGAGGGCAUGUUCUUCUUGCCCAGUGGUCAAUCCAUCACAGUUCAGCCAAAGAAUGUUUUAUCCUUCUUGUCUUGUAAUGCUGGUAGGAUUGGCACUGUUGGAAGUCAACGGUUUACAGUAAGCUGGAGAUUUGUCAUCUGAUUCUAUCAUUUCCCACCACCCACAAAGGGACACGGGCUGCUUUAAUUGAAACAACUGACCAAUCCUUCUGCGUGGAAUCCCUAUUCAACCACUAAUAUGAAUAAAAUGCUGAGGACUGAAA